AUGGGGAGUUUAAACGUCAAUAGAUCAGUAAGUGAUGCUUAUUACCGCUAUAAAAUGCCGCGUAUCAUGGCCAAGGUUGAAGGAAAAGGAAACGGUAUAAAAACCGUUAUUGUUAACAUGAUGGAAGUUGCCAAAGCUUUGGGAAGACCUCCGACAUAUCCAACAAAAUAUUUCGGUUGCGAAUUGGGUGCUCAAACCCAAUUCGAUUUCAAAAACGAUCGAUUCAUCGUCAACGGAAGUCACGACGCGGCGAAAUUACAGGAUCUCUUAGAUGGAUUCAUCCGGAAAUUUGUUUUGUGUCCGGGUUGCGACAAUCCGGAAACGACUCUUUUGAUUUCUUCGAAAAAAGGAAGCAUAUCCCAAAGUUGCAAAGCGUGCGGUCAUCACGGUCCCCUCGAAUUCAAUCACAAAUUAAAUACAUUUAUAUUGAAAAACCCUCCUAAUUUAAAUCCCGCUACUCAAGGUUCCUCAUUAACGGAAGGAAAACGUUCGAAAAGAUCUAAGAAAGCUGUGAACGAAACGAACGGCGACGGAAGAAGUUCUCCAAAAUCGGACGAAUCCGAUUCUGAUAAAUUCAAAGCGAACGCUUCGAUGAAUCCAGAGAAAGAAAACGAAGAUGAUGAUUAUGAUAAUUGGGCUGUUGACGUUUCCGAAGAAGCUGUUAAAGCCCGUCAGCAAGAUUUAACCGAGGGAGUGAAAGGGUUGAUGAUGAAUGAUGACCUUGAGAAAACUGAAAAAGAAAGAAUAGAUUUGUUUUACAAUUACAUAAAAAAAUUAAAAGAUGUUGGAUUAUUGGAAAAUCAUCGGGAAAUCGUAGCCGAAGCAGAAAGAUUAGAAAUAAAAAAUAAGGCGACAUUAGUAUUGGCUGAAUUAUUAUUCGACCAAAACAUUCACACUCAAGCUAAAAAACAUCGCGUUUUACUUUUGCGUUUCACUCAUGAAGAUUCUAAAGCCCAAAAAUGUCUCAUAGGAGGAAUUGAGCAAACGAUUGCUUUGCACAAAGAUGUACUUCUUCAAAAAGUUCCUGCUAUUUUUAAGUUAUUUUACGAUCUUGACAUUUUGGAAGAGAAAACAUUGCUUGACUGGUCGGAAAAAGUGAGUAAGAAAUACGUGAGCAAAGAAUUAAGUCAGGAAAUUCACAACAGGGUUAAACCGUUUAUAUCGUGGUUGAGAGAAGCCGAAGAGGAGACUGAAAGCGAGAGCGAGGAUGAUGUCGAGAUUGAAUACGACGAUCGUGCCAAAAAUUCUCCAUUGAAAGAACAACCUCAAGUUGGUGGUAAAACGCCGGCGGCCGUUAACGAAGACGAUGACGAGGAUGACGAUCUUAACAUCGAUGACAUUUAA